AUGAGAUCAAAUUACUUAUCACUACUUGUUCACGCUACUAUUAAUUCUUCUUCAUUUACACUGACCUACUUUACAACAAACCAUGAAGAAACUAACAUGAAUCUACAUUUCCCUUUUGUACCCGUAUCAACUAGUUUUUUCAUCGAUGAAAUCACAUUAAAUCAAACCUGGUUAGAGAUCAAAGCCAUAGCUUAUUUGUGUCUCCCCCUUUUUUUUUUUUGUCUGUCUGCUUUUGCACUUGUUUGUUCCUGUUCGGGAAUAUUCCCUUCCCAAAACGGGGUCCUCAUUAUAGAUUUUUUUUGA